UAUUUGCAGUCAUAUAACAUGUUAUAUUUUUGUGCCCACAGCAUGCUAACAUCUUUAGACACCAAAUCCAAUAUUCUGACAAUCAUUUAAAUUUCAGUUAACGACACUAUGGUCAUAAAAUUAGCGGGUUUACUAUUAAAUUAAACUUGAAAACUAUUUUGAAAUUAUUUAUUUAGACUUCUUGAAUAAAAUUUAAUUUAUUCAUUAUUCAGGUUAAUGUUGUAACCUAUUUAAAUGUCAAUACAAAAUGAAACUUCAUUGUAAAAUGUUUGCUUAUCGUUUAAAAUAUGUGAACAAUCUUGUACUAUUUCGUGCCUUGAGUACUGAAAAAAAAUCAGUCAAAAGUUCAAAAGUUAUUAGACAAGAAUUUUUAAAUUAUUUUAUUAAACAAAAUAAUCAUGCCUUUGUUCGGUCAAGCCCAGUAAUGCCUCUGAAUGAUCCAACAAUUCCUUUUGUAAAUGCAGGCAUGAAUCAGUUCAAAGGUGUUUUGUUGGGUCAUCAUGAUGCACCUGCAUUUAGAGUGGCUAAUUCUCAAAAAUGUAUAAGAGUUGGUGGCAAACAUAAUGAUUAUGAAACUGUUGGUCUUGACUCUUAUCAUCAUACAUUUUUUGAAAUGCUUGGUAACUGGUCAUUUGGAGACUACUUCAAGGAAGAUGCUUGUAGAUAUGCAUGGGAUUUAUUGGUCAAUGUUUAUGGAAUAAAAAAAGAAUUUUUAUAUGUUACUUAUUUUGGUGGCAAUGAAAAAUUUAAUCUAAAACCUGAUUUGGAAUGUAAAGAAAUUUGGCUAAACAUUGGUGUACCAGAAGAUAAAAUAAUACCUUUCAGUAUGACAGAAAAUUUUUGGGAAAUGGGGCCAACUGGUCCUUGUGGUCCUUGCACAGAAAUCCAUAUUGAUCAAGCAAUGCAAGGAAAAAAUCAAGCUUCUAGGGUCAAUAAAGGUCAUGAUGAUGUUACUGAAUUAUGGAAUAUUGUAUUCAUUCAAUACCAAAGGCUUACUAAUGGACAAAUUAUUCCUUUACACAAAAAGCAUGUUGAUACAGGAAUGGGUUUUGAGAGACUAGUUACUGUAUUGCAAGAAAAACGUUCAAAUUAUGAUACAGAUCUUUUUGAACCUUAUUUUGAUGUAAUUUCAAAUAUUUCUCAUGCUCCAAAAUAUCAAGGAUGCUUUGGAAAUGCUGAUAAAGACAAAAUUGAUACUGCGUAUAGAAUAUUAGCUGAUCAUGCAAGAAUGGUCACAGUUGCCCUGGCAGAUGGAGUGUUACCAGAUAAGAAUCAUAAGCUUAGAAGAAUUUUAAGGAAAGCAAUAGACAUUAGUGAAGAUGUUUUUAAAAACAGCUCACUUUUAUCUGAACUGACAAAUCAUGUAGCUGAUAAUCUUGGUGAUUUUUAUCCAGAAAUUCAUCAAAAUUUGAACAAGAUUCAGUAUAUCAUAAAAUAUGAAGAACAAGUUAUGAAAUCUGCAAGGCAGGCUGCUUUGAAAAAUUGGAAAAAAGUUGUUAAUAAUAGACCUGAACUUUCUGAAGUACCUGAUGCUACUCUACCUGGUUUGAGCGCUGGUUAUUAUGAACUUCAAAACUUAUUAAAAUCAAAAGCCCAAGUAAAUGGCAUAACUGGUGAAUUUGCUUUUAAAUUGUAUGACACAUAUGGAUUGAAUGUAGAAACAAUUUCUAAACUAGCUGAAAUUGAAUCAAUUCCUUUUGACCCAAAUAAUUUUAAAAUGGCUUUAGAAAAAGCUAAAAAACAAUCUCGGCUUGAUACACAUAAAACAGAUGAUGAAAUUAUUUCAGAAUAUUCUUUAGAUUUAUUGGAAUCAGGAAAUAUAUCAAAAACUGAUGAUUCAUUUAAAUACGAUUAUUCUUACAAUGGAAAAGAAUACCAAUUUCCAAUUAUCAAGAGCAAACUCAUGGGAAUAAUAAUCAAUGGUAAUUUAAUUUCUCAACCUGAACCUUCUCUAAAAGUGGAUGAAAGUCAAGCAGUUGUUGAAGCCACUGUUACUAGCAGUGGUAAUAUUGUUGAGAAAAGUUCAGUUGUGAAUGCUGAUACUGAAGUUGGUGUUAUAUUGGAUCGAACCUCAGCAUAUUCAUCAGCUGGUGGUCAAAUAUCAGAUAAAGGCCACAUACAAAUAAAAAAUCUCCUUUUUAAAUUUGACUAUGUAAAGAAAAUACGUGGCUAUCUGAUUCAUGUUGGACACUUUGUUGAUUGGGAAGGAGUAGAUCCUGAUCAAGAGUUAAGGGUUGGUGAUGAUUGUUUAAUAUCAAUUAAUGAAGAAAGACGUUUAGGGGCGAUGAGACAUCAUACAGCUGCACAUUUACUAAACGCAUCUUUAAAAAAAAUACUUCCGGUUGUAGGUCAAAGAGGAAGUUGUGUAAGUGAUAAUGGGUUAGAUUUUGAGUGCAGUACCUUUGGGAAAAAAUUAACACUUAAGGAAGUUAUUGAAAUUGAAAAUUAUAUUAAUGAAACUAUCAAAGCAAACGUCACUGUAAAAACGAAAACGGUUAAUCUGUUACAAAUGCUCAAAGAAAAUAAUCUCACAGUUAUUCCUGGAGAAGUUUAUCCUGAAAAUGGAAUUAGAAUAGUAGAGAUAAACAGCGAAAUUUUGAAUUCAAAAGAAGCUUGUUGUGGAACUCACCUUCAUAAAACUGGAACUUUGGAGGACUUUUGCAUCGUAAAUUUAAAAUCUCAAGGAGCAUCUAGCAUUUAUUUGAAAGCUUUAACUGGACCUGCAGCUACUUUAGCUAAAUUAUCUGGUGAAAACUUAAAAGAUAGAAUUUUUAAGUAUGAAAAUAUACUUAAAUCCAACAAAGUUGAUUUAAAAGAUUUGGAAUUAAAAAUACUCAGUGAGAGGCAAAAACUACUAGACAAAAACAAAAGAGUGAAACUUCCUUACGUAAUAGUACAGCAGAGUUUGAUACAAUUAGAAAAUUUGUUAAAAAUAAUAAAAAGUGAAGCUAAAGGCAUAAGGAGGAGUAGUAUUGAAGAAGAAAUUAAAAAAUUACUUGAUUCUUCAUCUUUACCCUUUGUUGUGCAUUUUUUGCAACCAAAUAACGCAACUUUAGAGAAUGUAUCGUUGAAAAAUAUUAUUAAACUUUGUCCUCCAACAACUCCAGUUUUUGUAAUCAUUCAUUGCGACAAUAAAAUAAAGGCUCGAUGCGUUGUACCGCCGCAUCUGCAAUCAAAUGAAUUUAAUGCCAAAAUUUGGAUGGAAGAAGUUUUGCGAAUCUUUCAAACCAAGGGUAGCACGUUCAGAGACGAUGAUCCCCAGUAUGCAUACAAUAUGUCACCUACACAUAUAUCAAAUGAUAACUUCAAGUCACUAAUCGAUAAAGCAAUAUCUAGUGCAACUAAAUUUGCAUCAAUGUAUAUAAAAUCCGAAAAAUAAACCAAAAGAAUAAUGCAG